ACGAAAAGGAAAACAGGCGAUUACAAGAGAUAUGUGGAUUUAACUCGCAAUAACAGUAAACACACAAAGAGAUCACAAGAGACAUGGAAGGCUUCAAGCUGAUGAGGGAGCUGAAAAUGAAUUACGAGCAGGAGGUUUAUUAUCUGCCUAAAGAGACGGGCCUGAGCCUCAUUGAGACCACAACACGGGAUGACAGUCGGAUCUCGGCCAAGUGCAGAGAUGCCAAAGUAGAGGACCUGUGGAGUCUGACCAGCUUCUUUGGUUACAGCACGCAGACCUUCGUCCUGGCUGUAAACCUGCUGGACAGAUUCCUGGCCAUGAUGAGGAUCCAGCCGAAGCACCUGUCCUGCGUCAGCCUCAGCUGCCUCAACAUGGCGGCCAAAGUGACGGAGGAGGAGUGCAACCUCACGCCCACCGACGAGCUCAUCCGCAUCGGACAGUGCCGGUUCACCGUGUCCGACCUGGGCCGCAUGGAGAAGAUCGUCGCCGAUAAGCUCGAAUUCAAGUCCAAAGCCAUCACUGCCUUAACCUUCCUCCACCUGUACCACCAGAUCGCACUUACACACUCCACAGACAGGAAGGAGACUCUGAGCCUGGAGAAGCUGGAGGCUCAGCUCAAAGCCUGCCUGUGCCGGAUCUCCUUCUCUAAAGCUAAGCCGUCCGUCCUCGCCUUGUCUCUCUUGAGGCAGGAGAUCCAAGCCGUGCAGUCGGAGGACAUGUUGGAGAUAGCCUAUCACAUUCAGAGACACCUGAAGAUUGCAGACGGUGAGCUGCGGCUGUGGAGCGAGCGUGUAGCUCAGUGUCUGUCGGACUACGCCUCCCCAGAAUGCAGUAAACCCAACCACAAGAGGCUGCAGUGGAUCGUGUCGCGGCGGACCGCCCAGAACCUGCACCACAGCUACCGAAGCAUCCCUGAGCUACCCACCAUCCCAGAGGGAUGCUGGGACGAGAGCGAGAGUGAGGAUUCCUGCGAGGACGUGAUGAGCUCAGGCGAGGAGUCUCUCAGCAGCUCUCUGGGCAGCGACGCCGAAGGCCGCUAUUUCCCUCAGCACAUGUGUCGCCAAAAACACCAUCUACGCCAACACCUGGACGCCUGACGCCGCCCUACCCCACGUGCCUCGUCAUCUCCACCCUCCCCUCACCCUUUUUUUAAUUUAUUGUUUAAUAAGCUCCGGUGCUGGUGGAGAAUCGCACAAACAACUGGCAGCUGAGCGAACUCUUCAUUUUGGUAGAUUUGUUUAGGUUUUUUUUUUUUUUUUUUUUAGAGCUCGUAGAUGUGUUGGUGCAUGUUUGAGACGUCACAUUCCAGGAUACGCGAGUUAAACGUUUGGCGUCCGGUCUUCAAGGUGCGGAGCUAGCGGAGGCCGCAGUCGGCUUAAAAAAAAGGUUCCCAAAGCUCAGAUGUCACAUAAGACCAGAAGAUUAUUUGCCAAAACAUGUGGUGUUUAAUUAGUAGAAGGUUGCUAUUGACUGUUAUUAACUACGACUGUUUUUUAUUGAGGAUGAGGAGUUUUACUGUUUUUUGUACGGAAGGUGAGAGCCGCCAGUCAUUCGGUUUUAGACUCAUAAUUUAAUCAUUUUUUGUAGUAGUUUCUCAUAAUGAACUUCAUUUGUUUUUAUUAUUCAUAAAAGGUGUAUAGCUGAGGAAACAAUCUCAUAUUCCAGAUAUUAGCCUCCAUGUUGCUAUUUAAGGCACCAGAGCUUCUUAAUGUAGUCCCGAAUGUUAAUUUGAACUUGAUCAGAUUUGACAGGGAUUAGAUUAACUAUCAGUCAUAUUUUGCCAUCAUAUUACUUGUCUUGAGACAAGUAGGAGUCUUUAUGAGUCUCUCUUUUUUUAGUAAUCAAAACCUGACUAGUCAUGUUGCAUUUUGAGGGGUUUCUGAUCUGUACGUUAACAUUUCUGUUACAUUCAUACUGUUCUACAUACAUCCAUCAUAAUCUCAAGAUAACAGCUAAGUAUGAGCAUUGUUUUGUAAUUUAAUUUAAUUGUAAUGCGGUCUCAAAAUCUGAGUGAAAACUGUUGGCUGCUCUCGUCUUCCGUACUCAAGUUUAAUUUGCA